AUGGAUCGGAUGGGCCUAUUCAGAAGUGAAUUGAGGGCUACUCUGUUUGAACCAUCACCGCUGAGCUUUGUUCUCAACUUUCUGCUCUUAUUAGCAAUCCCUCUUCCCUACUUCCUACAAUACAUCCACAUUAAAAAACGCCAGAGUAUCUACGGCAUCUCAUUUUCGUUCCUGGUCAUACGAGCCAUCGGUACAACAGAAAAUGCUGCCAAUGUAUUCCUACUUGGCCCAGUUUUCUCUAUACGUACAUUCUGCUGGGUUGAAUAUUCUGGCGACCAGUGUGCUGAUGCAUUACUAUUGUACGGGCAUUACAUAUUAGACUGGAUCUGUGCUCAAGCAAUGUUUUUUCUUUGCCUGCACUAUUUUCAGGAUCUUGCUAUACAUGAGCCUCUCCCGCAGCCAGCUACCAUCCGCUCAGCAGAUGCCUCCCUAUCCGAUGAACAAGGCGAACCUCUACGCCAAUCUCCUAGCCUGACAGCAAAGAGGGUCGCAAUUAGAGGGGUUAUAUUUUCAUAUCUCGUUAUCCUAGUCCCCUAUCUCCUCCUUAUCUCUAUCCCAAAAUCACCACCUUGGGAAGAGCCGGCAUACUUUACAUCUGUUGCUUUAUGGUGGUUUUCUGUCAUAACGUUUGCAGGAAUAUUCACUCUCAUUGCCUUUUUACCUCAGAUUUAUCAUACUUGGACGCUUAAACGGGCUGGAAGCCUUAGUCUCCCUAGCCUGGCUUUUCAAGGCAUCAUAUACCUGUUGUGGGGAAUAUACCUAUUCGUCCGAUUCCAUGUCGACGUCUCUUGGGAAAGUUUCUGGAUUGUGUAUGUUUUCGCUACUAACAUCUGGGUCAAUUGCCUUAUAACUGGGGCUGGGGAACUUGUACUGCUGAUGCUGGUUAUUCACUAUACUUAUACGACACGAGACGAUAACUACCUUCCUGCAGAGCGGAGCGAGCCUGAAAAUCCCGUGGAUCCAGGUGCAGCAGAGCAGACGCCUUUGCUACCACAACAGCCAGAGCAUAUUAAGUGA